AAAAUUUCCACCUGAUCUCUAACCUAAAUCUCACUUCUUUCAGCUUUAAACCAUUACCCCUUGUCCUCUCUCUGCAAGCCCCUGUAAAAAGCCCCUCCCCAGCUUUCCUGGAGCCCCUCCAGGCACUGGAAGGCCACUGUGGGGUCCCCCCAGAGUAUUCUCUGUUUCAGGCUGAACAACCCCAGCUCCCUCAGCCUGUCCUCAUCAGAGAGCUGCCCCAGCCCUCACGGCACAGGCUGGAGGGGAGGCAGGAGGAACCUGGAGCCCUCUUAUCAGCCCAGCCCCAGCUCUUCCCUGCUCCUUAUCAGCCCCGGCAGAGCCACCUCAGCCAGGCUCAGCCUCCCCAUGUCCUGCCCCCCUGCAGCUCCCGGGGCUGCGACACGACGUGACACGUGUGGGGUGCCACCAGCACCACCAGGACAGGCCAUGCUGGACCUCCUCAUCCUGGGGCUCCAUUUCUUCAUCUGCUUCCUCAUCUUCCUCGCCAUCUGGCGCGGACCUCAGGAUGCGGAUUUGCGCAGCUCAAGCAGAGGAGCAGCUGAAACGGGGCCAGAUGGUCUGAUCUUAAUUGGCAAAGAAGAUGACAUAAAGAGGUCCCAAAGAGUGACAGCCAGAGUCAAUGGCAGAGAAGUUGUUGUUUUCUACCACGAAGGGAAGUUUCAUGCUCUGGACUCUCGCUGCUAUCAUGAAGGAGGCCCCUUAUGCCUUGGAGAAAUAGAGGACAUCAAUGGUCAAGCCUGUAUUGUUUGUCCUUGGCAUAAGUAUAUAAUUACCCUGGAAACAGGAGAAGGAUUAUAUGAAGGAAUAAACCCCUUGGAGCCAUCACCAACGCCACAGUGGCAGUCAAAAGGAGUCAAACAAAGGGUUCACAGAGUCACAAUAGACAAUGGAAACAUUUAUGUCAGUCCUCCAGAUUUGUCUGUGAGCUUUGACUCCGAUUAUUUCGCAGAUAAGUACAAAAAUAGUGGUGGUUCAGCUGUGGAAAAACAAAGCAGCUCACAAGCAGCAGGGGAAGUUGUGCCCAGGAAGCAGAAUCCCGGCGAAUGCCCCAACGAAGAACCACUGGCAUGAAAUUAAAGUGCACUGUGGCCACAAAGACUGGCUCCAGACUAAAUCCUAGUGUUAAUGUGAUGUUGAAGCAUUGAAAGACGUAGACUUGAGUAAGAUAAGAAGCCCUGCAUUGUCAGAAAUGUGACUGAUCUUGUGCCAAUGAUUUUUAUUUUAUUUUUUUUGCACUUGCAUUUCAAAAACACUUAUUUACAGCAGAGUGCUUCAUCAUACUUGAUAUUUUAGAAGUCCUGUUUUGCUAGAACUGUUUUAGAUGGGGAUAUAGUAUAUUACUGCUCACAAAACACGGCAUAGGUUAAGUCAAAUAGUCAGGUAUAAAGGUUAUGUUUAUAUACUUAACAGUUUAUAAUGCCUUCAGGAUAAAUAACAUGGAAUUUUUUUAGCUUUUUAGAUAUGUGAGCAAUCUCUGGAUGCUUAUUAAGUGCCACAAAGAUAAGUGCAAAACAUCAUAUUUCAGUGACCUUCUUCAUGUCUAUUUGUGUAUUACUACCAUGAUUCCAUAGCAGUAUUAAUUUUCCUCCUCCUCAUUGAGCUACUUCUGGUAAUUCACCACAUAAUGGGACAAGCUUUUGUUAUGUAUAGCUUGUUCUUCCUGAUUCUGUUGGAUAAGUAUAAAGGUAUAAAAAACUGAUACACAAA